UGACUCUGGCCACCCUAUGGAUUCAUCUAUGCUUCUGUCAAUUUGUUAUUUUUGGCUAUUAAUUGCUGUCCCUGAUUUUAACCUUUUUAUAGUAGUUUCUCAACUUUUUUAUAUGACUGCUGGCAACCCUCUUGCAUAAGUUCUGCUCUGCAAUAGGUAUUGUGAGAAUUUUGGCACUCCUUCUGUUAAUAUCAACUAAAGUCUUACAUCAAUAGACUUUCAAUUAAAAUAAGAUAAGAUAAUAAAGAUAUGAAACAGAGUGCCACAUUCAAAUUUUAAUUCUUUUCACUUCACAUCCACGAAACGAUGGGUUGCUCGAUAUAUUUCGUGUUAAUACUUCAAAUUCAAACAACAUUUUUAUUAAUAUCAACUUAUCAGACAGCUAACGCAUCUACAAAAUGUUCAGAUCGUAAAGCUAUAUUUUGCUACUGGGCAAGUUGGGCUGCUUAUCGGCCUGGAAAUGGUCAUCACAAUAUUAAGGAUAUCAACCCUGAACAUUGUAGCCAUGUUAUCUUUACUUUUGCUGGAUUGGAUAUCAAAGGCGAAAUAACAAGUCUUAAUCCCGAUGUUGAUUUAAAAGGAGGUUUUGAAGAUUUCAUCGCCCUGAAAAACCGCGAUCCUUGUGGCUGCUUAAAGGUUAUUUUAGCCAUUGGCGGAUGGGGAGAAGGUUCAGAAAAAUAUUCCCUCAUGGCGGAAUCAUCGUUAAGUCGAGAAAGAUUCGCAGAUAGUGUUUUAAGGUGGUUAAUUUUCUAUGGGUUCGAUGGAAUUGACAUUGACUGGGAAUAUCCAACACAACGUGGAGGUCUGAAAAUUGAUCGCCAAAAUUUCAUAGAGCUUUUAAAGGUUCUGAAAAAGAAGCUAGCUCCAAGGAACCGAAUUCUAACUGCUGCAGUUUCAGGGUCACUUGAAACUACCAAAGCUGCUUAUGAUAUCGGUUUAAUGUGCAAUGAACUUGAUUUUAUAUCCAUAAUGGGCUAUGACUUACAUCAGACCAAUGUAACAAGUAUUCAUUCAGCUUUGAGAGCAGAUAACCCUGACAAUUCUGCGACUAUUUCUUCUACCAUAGAAUUCUAUAAAAAGAAUGGUUGCCAUUCGGAAAAACUUCUCUUAGGAGUUCCAGCAUAUGGCAGGACUUAUAUUUUAAAAGAUACUCGUAUCAAUAAAUUGGGAGCUACUUCUACUGGAAAAGGAAAAGAGGGACCAUUUACUAGAGAGAAAGGAUUCUUGGGUUAUAAUGAAAUUCGUGAGAUGCAAAAGAAAAACACAGGAUGGCAAAAAGCAUAUUCGGAGAAGAAUGCAGCUUUAUAUGCAUUUAAUGGAAAACUAUGGAUGAGUUAUGAUGAUGAAAGGACAGUAAAAGAGAAGGCAGAAUAUGUUUUGAGUGAAAAACUUGGUGGAAUGAUGCUAUGGUCUAUUGAUACUGAUGAUUUUCGAGGAAUUUGUUCGAAUCGAUCUUAUCCGUUAUUGAGAGCUAUAACCAAGGGAUUGAAGUGGAAUUCUGACGGUAGAAAUUAAUUGAAGUAUCUACGAUCUACCUAUGUACUUAUUUGAAAAUAAUAAAUUUCUCUUAAAGGUUUUAAGGUUUG